UACUUGCUGCAUACAAUUAAAAGCGUUUUAGCUUUUCGCCAAAUUGCAUCCCGAGGUCACUGUACAAUAUAUUUGACCAGCGUUCUGGCCAACCUUAGCGAAGUCUCGCGAUAUUACACUAGAAGGUAUAGCAGUAGUGCUGGAGACAUCUCGCGAUAUUACAUCAAAUGUCGCUGAGCAACCACAGUACAUAAACAACCAGUCCUUCUUACACACAGAGAGAGAGAGAGAGAGAGAGAAUAGUGAACCGAACUUAUUAGAAACAGCCGCAAAAUGUCCUUUAAAGGCUUUGUAAGCUGUAAUAGCAGAAUCUCAAAGGUGGAUAAAGACUUUUAUGACUUAAAGAACAAGGCAGCGGAGUUUUACCGAGCAAACGGCGUGCCGCAGAAGCUAGAAACUGUCUUAAAUGAGAUGUUUUUUGCGAAGCCGCAUGAUGUUUAUGGAUAUCUGGCGAACUACUUCUCCAGCUUCUCACACAUACCUGUGAUCAGUGCCGUAGUAGGCAGAGAGGUGUAUGAUGCCAGAGGGGACGCUGCAUUGCAGGUUGAUGUUUAUUGCACGGUCAGGAAUGAAGAGAAGUUAGUCAGUAAUGCAGUGGUUACUGGUGUGGAUGGAGAUGUCACUGAGACAUGGAAUCCGGUUGCCAACGGUAACCAGCGAGCGUCUGUAGAGGUGGCGCUGGAGUGGAUCAGAGAUCAGUUGAGCUCCAUGUUGCACGGCUUUAACCCCACCCACCAAACACACCUGGACAAACUGCUCAGAAAAUUUCUCCACGUGUGUUGCAGUGAUUUCUACAUGGCUCGUUACCUUGAGGACCAAGAUGACCGUAACAGAGAAAAGAAAGCUGAGGAAGAGGAGACUACAGAAACAACAUCUGACACCACAACUCCUCGUGCACCUGUUUCAGGCAAAGGCAAGAAGGGAGCAGAGAAAGGUAAGAGAGGCAGUGCCUCAGAGAAGCCGCUCCGUCCUCCUGAGAAACCGGAGCCCAUGUUGCCAGGGGCGAUGGCAAUAGGUGCUCUGUCCAUGGCAGCAGCCAAAUCUGCAGCGAGCCUUACAGCCAUGCCCCUUUACAAACACAUCCUUACUCUUAGAGACCCACAGGCUGUAAGCGUGUUCCUGCCCAUGCCCCUGGUAUCCGUGUUGAGCUGUGGGAAAGCGUCAGCUGGAAAGCUCAACCUGCUAGAGGAGGUCAUCCUGCUGUCCACUGUACCACACAGUACCAGAGAGAUCAUCAAUAUGUGCCGUGAUGUGCAGAGAGAGAUAAGGAAAAUAGCCGCUACUACAGUGGGGAAGUCAGGGUCUGCGUCAGUAGGGGUUUCAGAAGGUGGCGCUAUUCAGCUCGGGCUCGACCGCCCUGAACAAGCUCUCGAUCUGUUGAUGGAGGCGUGCACAAACCUGGGCCUGUCGAUCGGCACAGAGCUCCGGCUGGUGAUAAACUGCGCUGCUCAUGUACUCAUCGACUAUUCCAGAGGAAAGUAUGAGGUGAUGGCAGGGACUCUGAAAUCUCCAGAUGAGCUGGUGGAAAUGUUUGUGGGUUUGACCAGUAAAUAUCCAGCUAUUGUGGCCCUUAUUGACCCCUUCAGGAAAGAGGAUGUGGAACAGUGGCAGAAACUGAGCUCUCUUAUUGGCCACUCUUGUUGCUUAAUUGCUGACGCAGCAUACAGGCCCUGCCCUCGCUGGAAGGGGUCCAAGCCCCGUCUCCCAGGAGUCACAUGGAUCACACUUAGGCACAGAAGUGAUAUGACCCUUAGUGACCUUCUCCAUGCUGUCACAGAGCAAACAGAAGGGGAGACCAUUCUAGCUGUGAGCAGUGAGGAGACUGGUGAUGACUCCAUGAUAGAUUUGGCUGUAGGUCUGGGUGUGUCCUUCAUUAAGCUGGGUGGGCUGACUGGAGGUGGGAGGAUGAACAAGUACAACCGUUUACACAGGAUAGAGCAAGAGCUGGAGGAACAGGGCAUUCUGGGGGCAAUUUAUCGCAACCAGAUGACAUAUUGGCAUGUUUCUGGAAGAUGGGAGGAAACUGGAGAACCCGGAGGAACCCCACACCAACAUUAGGAGAACUCGGACUUUCAAACACCUGCACCAGCCGUUAGUGUGGAGAAAAUUCUGGAGCUAGAGACGUCUUAUCGAUACGGUUUAUCCAUCAGCUUAUUGGUCCGCGCCACAAAAUGGCCUAUUUUUAAGCCGUUACCGCAAUUGCAGAAGACUGUAUUAGGCCGUCAUUAUGUUUUUUCAAUGAAUUAGUUUUUAUUCUGAGCGUUCUCAUUUUCUACUCACAUACAUACAAAACUGCUCGCAGGUAAAGCCAGACAUGACCGUGAAGAGAACAAUGCUAAUGUUUACUUGCUCAUAAUGAGUAAUGGUAAUUUAGCAAAGAUAGAUUUUUUCAUUUCAAACAACACAAACAAUGUAUUUAAACAAAAAAAAUAUGUAUUUACCAAAAUCCCUUUAAGUUCCUGAAUGGCAGAGCCAGACGGUAUUCGCUCCCUCUGUUUCAGAAAAGAAACAACAAAUAAACAGUAUCAAUAGCAAUCAGACGGAAUAAGCGACAAUUAUCUGAAUGUAAACCACUGUGCUGUUGAGUUAUUGAUUUUGAUUCGUUAGAAGGUGUUGAUUAAUUUUCUAAGGCAGCUCUGACGGUAGUGACGGCUGUAACCCAAACCGCAGGUUUAUAUUAAUGCGCUGGUUCUGAUACGUUAUUGUUUCUAUAAUAACAGCUCAUUCACACCAACGCGUCAAAGCCUAAUAAUAUAUAGAUUAAUAAUAACUAAAUGUAUAUUGAACGUUAUUAAAAGGAUUCAGGGUUAAAGCUGUAAAUUUCCCACAAUAGGGAAGUAACAAGCUGCACUUUUGAGGGAAUGACUGUUUAAAGCUGAUAGAUAGUAGCCUUUAUCUGUCGCAUAUACAUUACAGCACAGUGAAAUUCUCUCUCUGCAAAUCCCAACUGUGGACAUUAGCCGUGAUACAGCACCCCUGGAGCAGUGAGGGUUAAGGGCCUUGCUCAGGGGUCCAUCAGUCAUAGCUCGGCAGUGCUAGGGCUUGAACCCCAAUCAACAACCCUGAGCAUUAACCACUUGAGCCACCAGUGGACAUAUUUAUGCAGUCGAGAUUCCCGCAUUUGAGGAAUUCGCAAAGGUCAGCACAGCUGUCAGCCUCACUUUGAGCAAAAAACCUUCUUGAUCAUGGUAUUGCCCCUGCCUAUAAGUGAUAACAGGUACUAAUCUGUUUUUUUGUCCAACGUAACAAACAAGAUCAACAUGUAUAAGGUGUCACUUGUUACUAAGCAAAAGAAAGUAAAAGCUAGCAAACUGGAGUGGUAUAACAGGAAUAAAACACUUCAAGGAUGUGAUGUCAGGCUGCACCUCACCACACCAACCUGAUCAUUUUCCUCUAGCAGCAUGUCAGGUGUUCUACUUCAUACCUAAUUUUUGUUCCAUCUAUUAUUCUUUAAUGAAGGUCUAACAGAAAUCCCCAGAGUUUAGGACCUAAUAUUGUUAGUUGUAGUAGCAUCUCAACUAAUCUGCUGGAAGAAGGCAAUUUUUUAAUUUACUGAGCAAGAGCUCACUGGGAAACCUGACUGGGGAAGUUUUAGCAUAAUGGUUUAAGCUUCAUCAAAUUUGCCAAAAAAAUAAAUGUAACCAAUAAUCUCACUGUGACUGAGAAAUGUUAAUAAGUUAAUGAGUUAACAAAGUUGCUGGAUUUGGACAAGUAUAUAUAUACAGGGUGUCCAGUCAGGACAUGUCAUCAAAUGUUCCAUCCAAUUUAUUCCUAAUUAGGGUCACGGGGAUCUGCUGGAGCCUAUCCCAGCACACAUUGGGCGAAAGGCAGGGGUACACCCUGGACAGGUCGCCAGUCCAUCACAGGUCCACACAUAUAGACAGACAACCGCACACACGGGCAAUUUAGAAUUACCAAUCAACCUAAUGUACAUGUUUUUGGACUGUGGGAGGAAACCAAAAUACCCUGGGUAAACAAUGCAGGCACGGGGAGAAUAUGCAAACUCCACACAGACUCCGCCCAUUCCUGUUCAAACCUGGGAUUCAAACCCAGGACCUUCUUGCUGUGAGGCAACAGUGAUAACCACAAACUCCGCCUCUUCCUGUUUGACCUGGGAUUCAAACCCAGGACCUUCUUGCUGUGAGGCAACAGUGUUAACCAUUAAGCCACUGUGCUGCCCUGUCAUCAAAUGUUAAAUAUUAAAUAAAUUAUGUUGAAUGAU